AGAAUCAAGUCUGUUCAAGAAAGAGGCAAAACGUCAAUAUUACCAAUAAAGGAAAAGAAUCAGAAUAGCUCUUUUGCAUAUCCUAUAUUUUCAACUUGCUGUGUACACAGCAAAGUUCGUUUGCCACGUUUGGUUGAACCCCCUCCUUAUUUGUUGAAUUUAUAUACUUCAUCGAACUCUGAUGCAAUCUCUUUCCGAAAAAACAUUAGACGUUAUAAUAAUAUUUUGGCGUGUAUAUCGUUUGGUGCUAAUAUAAAUACGAUCCCAGGACAAGGCAUUUCUGACUUCCGUAUUCAUGGCCAAGUUUAUCAUCGUAUCGAUUCGUUGCUACCAGAAGAAGGUUUUCAGCCGGCAUUUGCAUAA